AUGGAAGCUAUGUUUGCAAUUAUAACAAUAUUAUGCUGCUUCACUUCCCCUGCAAUUGCAUGCCCCUUCCCUGAAAGAAAUCUUCUUCUGGAUUUCAAGGCAGCCGUUGUAGAUGAGUAUAACACACUAAGUUCCUGGCACGGAUUCAAUUGCUGCACGUGGAGAGGAGUCAGUUGUAAUCUCCGCAUAGGCCAUGUUUCUCGACUGGAUCUGAGUGGAUUCAAUUUGGAAGGUAACAUCAGUUCAUCGCUGUUCCAACUUGCACGGUUGGAGCACCUCGAUCUCAGUGACAACCUCUUCAAGGGUAAAUUCAGUCCUCCCCAUAAUAGAAAGUUGAAGAGUCUCACUUUUCUUGACUUGUCAUUUGCUGGUUAUGUAAAUGAAUCCUUUCUGGGUGAUGUAAGUGAAUUUUACGUGAGUUUGGAAAGCUUAUCAAAUCUGGUGAGCUUGGAAUACCUCUCUCUUGCUGAAGUGAACAUCUCUGUAAACAAAGAGUGGGGUGAAGUUGUUGGCAGUCUAUCCAACCUUCAACAACUCAGCAUGUCUGACUGUGGGCUUGGAGGACAAAUUCCCAAUUCCCUUCUCAACCUCACCUCUCUCCUCCAUCUCGAUCUAUCAUACAACUAUUUGUCAGCAUAUAUACCAGCUUGGAUUGAAAAUGUGACUGGGCGCUUGCUCUCUCUUGAUCUCUCUGGGAAUUACAAUCUUGGAGGAGACAUUUCUUUCAUUGGACAACGAAAGUCUUCUUUGUCACUAACCAGCAUUGAUCUUUCACGGACAGCCAUCAAGGGCCGAAUUCCAUCUGCUAUAUGGAAUAUCUCAUGCUUGGAGCGUCUUCGUCUGUCAGGUGAGAUUCCAUUUGCUAUAUGGAAUAUGUCGUCCUUGAAGGAUCUUCUUCUAUCAGAUACCAGAAUUGAAGGUGAGAUUCCAUCUGCUAUAGGGAAUGCGUUGUCCUUGGAAAGUCUUUAUCUGUCGUAUACCGGAAUUGAAGGUGGGAUUCCAUCUGCUAUAGGGAAUGUGUCGUCCUUGAAGAGUCUUUAUCUGUCUGAUAUCUCUAUUGAAGGUGAGUUUCCUGUCUCCAUACUCAAUCUCUCUAAACUUGUUGAAUUGGACCUGUCCUACAACAUGUUAACUGGGGUAAUCCCACCUUCAGUGGACUCACUUUCUUCCCUUGUUAGUCUUGACCUUAGUGCCAACGAAUUGAAUGGUACGAUUCCAUCUACAAAUUCAAAUCUUGUUAACUUAAGAAGCCUUUUGCUCCACUCCAAUAGUUUAAGCGGCCUCAUUUCCCUUUCCGUAUUCGAUAAUCUCACUAGUCUUGAUAGCCUGUAUCUUUCUUACAAUCAGUUAACUGUAAACAUUGAUUCAACAUGGAUUCCGCAGUUUAAGCUUUCCGCUUUGGCAUUAGGCUCUUGCAAUUUAGAUAGAAUUCCAUCGUUUCUUGUGACCCAAUACGACUUGGAAUAUCUAGACCUAUCUGCUAACAGUAUCCAAACAAAUAUUCCAUCUUGGAUAUGGAACUUACCCAGCCUUUAUAGUUUGAACCUUAGCUGUAAUCAAUUAACUGGGUCAUUGCCAUCUAGACAAACCUUACCCAUGUAUAUUGACUCUCUAGAUUUGCACAAUAAUAGCCUAGAAGGUUCUCUUCAUCUUCCUCUCGCUGGAGCUUAUCUGCUGGAUCUGUCGACGAAUCAGUUUAAUGGUUCUAUUCCUAGUCACAUCGGUGCGUAUCUUGAAAAUGAAAGGUUCUUAUCCUUGUCGCGGAAUAACCUCAGCGGAGCGAUUCCAGAUUCUAUUUGCACUCCAUAUUUGCAGGUUCUUGACCUUUCAAAAAAUACGCUGAGCAGUGUCAUUCCUCCUCAUUUAACCAGGAAUUGUUCUUCUCUUAGUGUUCUAGAUUUGGCAGAGAAUCAUCUGGAAGGUAAAUUGCCAGCAGAGUGGGGCAACAUUACAAACAUGCAUACAUUGAAGCUCAAUGGUAAUCAUUUGAGAGGAGUUAUUCCCUCAUCCAUUUCAGAAGGCCGAUCUCUGCAAGUAUUGGAUUUGGGAAAUAAUGAUUUGGAAGGCACCCUUCCCCACUGGAUUGGAAAGCUAUCACAGCUGCAUGUGUUGGUCUUAAGGUCUAAUCAUUUUCAUGGCAGUAUCCCACGCCAGGUAAUUGGCCUUCCGAAUCUUCAAAUUCUGGAUCUUUCUGGCAACCACCUUUCAGGAGCUAUUCCAAGCAACCUUACAAACCUGCUUGCAAUGGUCAAUGCAUCGCAGAAUAAUUCAAACCAUUUGGAAGACGUUAGAUAUACAAAUAAAAUUACAAUUUCCUGGAAAGGCUGGGAUGUUGAAUUUGUGAAUGUUCUCUUUAUUCUUAAAUGUAUUGAUCUUUCAAACAACAGUUUAUCAGGGAGCAUUCCUUUUAAAAUGGGAUCUCUUCAAGGCUUGAUAGCCCUUAACCUUUCAAGGAAUCAUCUCAGUGGCCGAAUCCCAAAAACAUUGGGACACAUGGAUCAGCUAGAGUCUCUGGACCUCUCGCUAAACAGGUUGAAUGGCAACAUUUCCUUAGAACUUGAGUUCCUGAGUUAUUUGGAGUUCUUGAAUCUAUCUUACAACAUGCUUGAUGGAAAAGUACCCCAUGGAGGACAGUUUCUAACUUUUGGGGAGUCAUCCUACUUAGGCAAUUCUAAGCUAAGUGGGAUUCCAUUUACCAAUAUAAGCGUGUGCAACAACUCUUCUGGCUAUGGCAACUGCACAAGUAUUGAGAGAAUUGGUGAAGCAAAGAAUUCAGAUGGUGAAAUGAUAGGAUGGGCAGUCGGACUUGGAUUGAGUUAUGGUUUGGGAUUCUCUGUUGUGAUUGGAGUAUUGACUUUAAAUAAAAGGGUGAGAAAGAGAGCCUUCGAUUUGUAUGAUGUUGUAAUAUUAGCUAUUGAUGGGUGUAUAAGAGGGUCAUUGCCAUCUAGAGUAACCUUACCCAAGUAUUUUGGCUAUCUAGAUUUGCACAAUAAUAGCUUAAAAGGUGCUCGUCCUCUUCCUCUCGCUGGAGCUUAUCUGCUGGAUCUGUCGAUGAAUCAGUUUAAUGGUUCUAUUCCUAGUCGCAUCGGUGCGUAUCUUGAAAAUGCAAGGUUCUUAUCCUUGUCGCGGAAUAAUCUCAGCGGAGCGAUUCCAGAUUCUAUUUGCACUCCAUAUUUGCAGGUUCUUGACCUUUCAAAAAAUACGCUGAGCAGUGUCAUUCCUCCUCAUUUAACCAGGAAUUGUUCUUCUCUUAGUGUUCUAGAUUUGGCAGAGAAUCAUCUGGAAGGACCCAUUCCAAGAAACCUUACAAAUUUGCUCGCAAUGGUCAAUGCAUCGCAAAGUAAUCCAGACUAUCUCGAAGAAUACACUUCAAUUGGUGCUACAUAUACAAAUCAGAUUAAAAUUUCCUGGGAAGGUUGGGAUGUUGAAUUUGUGAAAGUUCUUUUCAUUCUUAAAUGUAUUGAUCUUUCAAACAACAACUUAUCUGGGAGCAUUCCUCCCGAAAUGGGAUCUCUUCAAGGCUUGAUAGCCCUUAACCUUUCAAGGAAUGAUCUCAGUGGCCGAAUCCCAAAAACAUUGGGACGCAUGGAUCAGCUAGAGUCUUUGGACCUCUCGCUAAACAGGCUGAAUGUUCUUAAAUCUAUCUUACCCCACGGGGGGCAGUUUCUAACGUUUGGGGAGUCGUCCUACUUGGGCAAUCCUAAGCUAAGUGGGAUUCCAUUUACCAAUGUAACCGUCUGCAACAACUCUUCUGGCUAUGGCAACUGCACAAGUAUUGAGAGAAGUGGUGAAGCAGAGAACUCAGAUGGUGAAAUGAUAGGAUGGGCAAUCGGACUUGGAUUGAGUUAUUGUUUGGGAUUCUCUAUUGUGAUUGGAAUAUCGAUCUUCAAUAAGAGGGAGGCCGAGCUAGGGUUUCGCGGCCCUAGCUCCCAGGCGAUGCUGAUGUGGGUUCGCACGGGGCGGGGAGUGUUGGGUGUCGGGGGAAGACGGAGGAGGAAGGAGUUGCUAGGGCUCGGUGGUGGCUGUGGGGGUGGUCGCCAGGAGGUGGGAGGGUUGAGUGGGGGUGGGGUUUUGUUGUUGCAGCCGAAGCUUUCCCGGGGGUUUGGGGUUUUAGGUGGGCCGAUCCUUGGUGGUGCGAGUGAGGGGAGGGGCCUUGGGUGCUGA